AUGAAUGAGGCUGAAGUGAGAAAGCGUCUACAGGCCUCUGUCAAGAACGUCGGCAUAGAACUCAAGAACGUCGAGCACCUCGCCAAGGAGAAAACUGACCUCGCGAAGCUGUGGGAUGCAUCUAUCAAGGAUCACCUCACCAAGGUAGAAGCCGAGGCGAAGAAAUGGCUGGGAGCUUGUAUCAUUACCGAAACCGAGAUAGGAAUCACCAAGAUGAUAACAACUCUUGAAAAACUGGAAGCCGAUCUGAAGAAAAAGGAGACCGGCAAAGACAAGGCCGCCAUUGAGAAGAAAGCAAAUGAAGCUUCCGAAAAACUCGACAAGGAAAUCAAGAUUGCUGAGGAUGCUGUGGUAACGCAAGAAACCGUUGUCAAGAAGGCAGAAACAGACCUCGAAGCGAAGAAAGACGUAUCCACUAGAAAUAGAACCGAGCUGGAAGAUGCGGAAGCCGAGCUCACCGCCAUCGUCAAGCAGAUUGCUACUGAGAAGGACAAGAAGAAACUGGCGGGUCUCAACAAGAAAAAGACGACACUGGAGGGUCAGAUCACUAAAAUCAAGGCUGAAAAGAGCACAGCAGAUACCGCCAGGACAAAGGCACAGAGAGAGCGCGUCAAAACUAGGAAAGCACUGUUGAAGAAGAAGAAGAAGAAGAAGAAGAAGAAGAAGAAGAAGAAGAAGAAGAAGAAGAAGAAGAAGAAGAAGAAGAAGAAGAAGAAGAAGAAGAAGAAGAAGAAGAAGAAGGCCGUUGACAGAAAGCAGAGGGAGAAGUGGUCUUUGGGAUCAGAGGGGCUUGCAAAAGUCAUUACUGGUCUCAAAGAGGACCAGAAGGUUGUGGCAAACUUCAAAAAAGCUGCUGGUACUGUAGCUAUGCCCAAACCCGUCUGA